GAUUGUGAUUGCAUAUUGCCAGCUGGGCGCGGUGGAUGUUAUUUAUUAUUUUUAUACAUUAUAAAUCAAAAUAUUAAAUUCAGUUACUAACCAACUUCUAUAGAACUUUUAUUUUUAUCAUUCAGUGCCUGGACUACAAAAUUUAAUGUUUGAACCAGCGCCAGUGGUGACGUGUACAACAACAUCAGCUUUUGCACUUUUAAUAAAAGAGAGCAGCACGCAGAGAAGAGGGAGUGUCCUAUAUGGCAGAACCUGGGUCACCUGAGUCAUGAAGGUGGAUGCCGAAGCGAGAGACACACCAGCCGGGAUCGUCGGGACCCCAAGAUCAUCGAUCGCUAGUAAUACAGAAUCGGCUAUCUCAUCUCUGGACGACUGCCGCGUGCAAGAUAGUGAUAUAAUAUCGACGCCCGAGCGGGCUCUGCUCGCCAAGCUGGAAGAGGAAAACCGUAGGAUCGAAGCGGACGCGAAAAGCGCCUCGCUGACCAACGUGCACAGCCGCAAGAAUUCAGACACUUCGCAAAUAUCACUCGCCUCCGCAACAAGUUCGAGCCAUGAAGCGGACUCACGUAUCAGUGGCAGCAGUAAUGGUGAGGAAGACUUGUGGACCCUGUGGGGUCGUAUCGUCAGUAACUGGGAGACGGAGUGGAAGCGGCGGAAUCAAUUUGUUAGAGAUCUCGUCCGCCAGGGUGUGCCCCAUCACUUCAGGGGAAUUGUUUGGCAGUUACUGGCCGGGGUCGAUACCUCACCAGAGAAAAAGCUCUACGCCUCUUACAUCAAGGCGAAAUCAGCUUGUGAGAAGGUGAUUCGGCGAGAUAUUGCACGCACGUAUCCUGAGCAUGAUUUUUUUAAAGAAAAAGACGGACUUGGCCAAGAAUCGCUGUUCAAUGUAAUGAAGGCCUAUUCUCUACACGAUAGAGAAGUUGGAUACUGCCAAGGCUCAGGGUUUAUAGUUGGUCUACUUUUAAUGCAGAUGCCCGAAGAAGAAGCCUUCGCUGUUCUAGUUAAGAUAAUGCAACAGCACCGCAUGCGCGACAUGUUCAAACCAAGUAUGGCAGAACUUGGCUUGUGUAUGUUCCAGCUUGAGAAUUUAGUGCAAGAAUUAUUACCAGAUUUGCAUGUACAUUUCCAAUCACAGAGUUUCAGUACUUCAAUAUACGCUAGUAGCUGGUUCUUGACUUUAUUUACUACCACGUUAUCGUUACCUCUCGCUUGCCGCAUCAUGGACGUAUUUUUGUCGGAGGGAAUAGAAAUCGUAUUCAAAGUAGCACUCGCUAUGCUUACACUGGGAAAAAACGACCUACUCUCGCUAGAUAUGGAGAGUAUCCUCAAGUAUAUUCAAAAGGAAUUGCCAGCAAAAGCAGAAGCGGAUCAAGACGCGUUCAUGAAUUUAGCUUAUAGCAUCAAAGUUAAUCCAAAGAAAAUGAAAAAACUUGAAAAGGAAUACACAGUGAUCAAAACCAAGGAACAGGGUGAUAUUGCUGUAUUGAGAUGUCUUCGACAAGAGAAUCGUCUCCUUAAACAGCGAGUGGAACUACUUGAAAAAGAGAGCUCAGCUUUGGCAGAACGAUUGGUUAGAGGGCAGGUCGAUCGUGCAGAGGGGGAAGAAGAAACAUUUGCACUAGCCCGAGAGGUGCAAGCCCUCAGGAGGGCCAAUGUGGAUGCCCAACAACGAUUAGCUGUUGCACAAGACGAAAUACGCUCUCUAGAGAUGACCAUUGCCGAAAAUAACUCGAGGCAGUCGUCAUUAGAAGGCACCGAAGGUGGAAGCAGUGCUAAGGGCGAAGAACUAGCCAGGUGCCUACAAAGGGAACUGGUUAGAGCCCGCCUUCAUGCCGCAGAGCGAGAGGCGGCAGAACGCGAACUCACAGCCAGGAUCGCGGAGCUAGAGAGCGAGAAUAAGAGCUUACGACGGCAACGAGUCGACAAUAAUGUUGCUCAUUUGCAAGAUGAACUCAUCGCUGUCAAACUCCGAGAAGCUGAAGCGAAUCUCUCGUUAAAGGAACUCCGUCAACGCGUCACAGAAUUAUCUGAAGCAUGGCAGAGACAUCUUCAAGAACACAGGCAAGAGGCUCCUCCACCUCCCGUACAAUCCAAUGUAGUGUCCGAUAUCAUGGCAACUCCAAAAAAACUAUUGAGAGCCUGGGAAGGCCGCUCUGCAGACAUGCAAAAAUUGGAUGAAGAACUUAUGACAACCAAAAUGAGGGAAGUGGAAGCACUGACAGAAUUGAAGGAAUUGAGACUUAAGGUAAUGGAACUAGAAACCCAAGUUCAAGUCUCAACAAAUCAACUUAGACGGCAAGACGAGGAGGCCCGGCUACUGCGUGAAAAUCUAGACGCCGCCCUACAACGCGAAAGAGUAUUACAAACGCGCCAGAGGGAGUUCCAGCACAAAUAUACUGAUCUGGAAAGCAAGGCGAAAUAUGAUUCCAUGCAGGCAAAUAUAAAAAAUAUGGAAGACGCGCAGAGAAUAGCUGAACUCGAGACCGAGGUUUCCGAAUAUAAAUUAAAGAACGAAGUAAUGGCAACUGAAGGAGAGCUACGUAACAACAUGGACGAUUCUGACAGAGUACGUGAACUACAGGAACAGGUUGCCGAACUCAAAGCCGAGGUCAUGAGGCUAGAAGCGUGGAGAGCGCGUGCGCUGGGCCACACAGAGCUCAGUCACGCCAUCUCAGUUGAGGAAGAUCUAGAAGAGGAUGACAAAUUAAAACUUACACUACGCCGAGAGUCGUCUGCAUCAUUGGACUUUACAGUUACAUCACGGAAGACUACGUAGCAAAUACCCAUUAAUGGUCAAUGGCGAUCAGUUAUAAUUCGUCUUCUUACUUACAGUACCGUUUUUUAUAUCAGCAUAAAAUGUAAUUAUUAAUAUGGUCAAUUUGUAAGUACAUCAUAUUAUACAGAUUAAGUCACAUUUAUUCUCAUAAAUUUCAGUUUUCUUUUUAUUUUUCAACUACUGCCUGCUUAUGAAA